AUGAACGAUGGCGCGCUGGAGGACACCACCUCCAAGCUCGCCGAGCUCCUCAAAAAUCCGGACGACCUCGACAAACUCCCGUCCUUGCGCAGCGAGUUCACCCGCAAGAAGGCAGCCAUUGACGGUCAGCUCAAGCAUGGCCUCAAGGAGCAGCUCGAAGUCACCCAGAACGGCAUGACGUCCAUCUCCGAAGGUCAAAAGAUAGUCUUGCAGAUCAAGGAGGAGAUGAUGAAAAUCGACAAGCUAUGCGCCGAAGCCCAAGGCAUGAUCGAGGACUUUCCUGAGAUCAACAAGAUGAGCGUCAUGCAGCGCAACUUUGCGUCCGUGGAGAACAUCAAGGCCAACAUCGAUACCUUCGGCUCCCAGCUGAAUGCGUUGGAAGCGUUGCUGAGGGAGGAUGACGAGGACAUAGAGCACCAACCAAAUUUACUCGCGAUUCACAAUGGGUUGACCGAGCUGCGGGACAUCAGAGAUCGGGCCAUGGAACAGGUCAAGUCCAAUGCUGAUGGAGAGAGCGGGUUGGAGCUGAUUGAGAACUUGCCGUUGGAAAACAAUGCGACCUUGAGAGAUUACUUCGCACGACUCGACGAUGUUGUAGACUGGUUUGACGAGCACGUUGGUACUGCUUGUAUAGGGCUCAUCAGUCUUGUACAAGCUGGAAACAACGGUUUGGUCGUGCGAUUAGGUCUGAUCAUAGAAGAGGAAGAAAAGAAGGACCGACAGACGAGAGCCUUGCAGGAAGUACAGAAGGGGUUUGCCGACGUGGCCACGAGAUUUAAGAGCAUCGACACUGGCAACAGGGAACUCCGAGGUUACAAACAGAAAUUCCUGCAGACUAUUGAGGCCAGCGCCAAAGCCCAGUUCGAAGCCGUCAGACAGCAAUUCGACGAGGAUCCAGACAAGCUUGAGAAGGCCUGCCGGUGGUUCUUCAACGACUUGAACACUGUCAAGCUGGGUAUGCAAGACCUGAUGCCCAAGAAGUGGAAGAUCUUCAAGACGUACGUCAAUAUCUACCACAAACUGAUGCAUGACUUUCUUGUGGAGAAACUGGACGACAAAGACAUCACACCUGUGCACAUGUUGGCCAUUUUGAACUGGGUCGAGAAAUACUACAGCAAGGUAGUGAGGCUAGGCGUCAAACCAGACGAACUUCAACCUCAUGUCAUCGAUGAACGCGAGAGUGACCUCGUCCGUGAGUAUCGCAACCUCAUCACCAGGUCUGUCGAGGAAUGGAUGGAUCGCAUGGCCAAGUCGGAUCGGCAACUAUUCUUGUCGAGGGCAGAAAAUAGUCUGGACCAGGAUGCCGACGAACAGCUGCACACUAAGAGCGCCAGCGAUAUGUGGACGAUGCUGAAGGAACAGCUCAGCGUCGCACAAUCCUCAGGCCGACCUGACGUCGUCGAGGGUGUCGUCGACAAGAUGAUGCGAGCUCUGAAGAACCGCCAGCAAAUGUGGGAGCGACUCGUCGACGAAGAAUACCGCAAGAUCGAUCAGUCGACCGAUACUGCCCUCCUCGAAGGCGUUGGAAGUCUCCAAGAAUGGCUGGUUGCCAUCGCCAACGACCAAAUCUCCAACAUCGACGACAACCCAGAUGCCGGAGUCAUGUCUCACCUCACACGCUUCAAAGCGGACUACGAGCCCCUUGUCACCCCUUCAUACGCCGUCACCUCCAACGCCGAAAUCGAGUCCCUCACCAACGGCUACGUCGACCUCGCCACACACUGCAUGGCGCUCUUCGCCGCCGUCAUUUUCGCCACGGACAUCAAACCCGUCCUCACCGAAUUCUUCACCCCCGCCUGGUACCAAAAGAAAACCAUGGAAUCCAUCACCAGGACCUUCGAGGACUACCUCAAAGACUUCACGGGCAUUCUACAUCCAUCUCUUCGCGACAUCUUCGUCGAAGAACUCAGCGACGCCCUCCUCGUCCGCUACCUCGAAUGCGUCAAGAACAAAGGCGCCAAGUUCCGCCGCAUGGAUCCCUUCACGGACAAGAUCAAAGACGACGUCGUCACGGUCUUCGGGUUCGUCCAGCCGUACAGUGAUGUAUUCGAUCUCGUCAAGGACAAAUGGCGAGCGGUCAAUUCCUUCGAAAUGCUGCUCCGCGCGGACAAAGGCCAAGGCGUCGUGUCAGCGUUCGAGUCGAUGAAGCAGAGUUAUUGGGAUGUGCAGAUCGGAUGGGUCGAGGCGGUGUUGCGGGCGCGGGAUGAUUUUGAUCGGUCCAUGUUGAGUUCGGUCAAGGCUGCGGCGGCUGGGUUGAAUGUUGAGAGGGGCGCCGAGACGGUUAUGAGUAAGGUGAAGUAG